UCGUCGGGUUGUUUCAGUAAUUCAAAGAGAUCUGAAAAAUGUUUGUACGGCAUUUGAUUCUCCUAGGGAUUGUAGCAGCUGCCUACUCAUUGCCACUGGAUCAGGCAAACUGGCAGCUGGUUCCAAAUGCCGAUGGCUACCUACACUUGGUGAACAUCAAUCCUUACAAUCUGCCCGAGGCGAACCCAUCCGAUCCCGAGGUUCUUUUCAAUCCGGAAACCGACAUCGAGUUUCGUUUGUUCACCAGGAGCAAUCCAACGCAGGCUCAGAUUCUGCAAAUCAACAACCCUGCCUCGAUUACCGGCUCCAACUUCAAUCCUGCGCAUCCCACUCGCUUUACGAUUCAUGGGUGGAACGGCAAUGGCAACGAUGGAAUGAAUUCUCGGACGCGCGAUGAACUGUUGGCUCUGGGAGAUUUCAAUAUGAUAACAGUUGACUGGAGUGUUGCCGCGGUCACUCCAAACUACAUUUCGGCUCGUAACGCCGUAGGACCGGCAGGAUUUGGAGUUGGUCGAUUGAUCGAUCGGUUGAUUGAGUUGACGGGAGCCAAUGUGAACAACAUCUAUGUGAUCGGUUUCAGCUUGGGAGCUCAUGUGGCUGGCAAUGCUGGAAAACAUUUCAACGGUCGUAUCAAUACUAUCAUUGCUUUAGACCCAGCUGGACCUUUGUUCUCCGCCGGACAGAGUGAUGCUGUGUCACCUCAGGAUGGUCUCUACGUGGAAACUAUCAUGACCAAUGCAGGAUUGCUGGGCGCAAAUGAACCUUUGGGACAAUCCAAUUUCUACCCUAACGGAGGUCGAAAUCAACCUGGAUGUGGAGUUGAUAUCGGCGGUGGUUGCGCUCAUGGACGAGCUCCUGCUUUCUACAUAGAAUCCCUUCGUUCGUCAGUUCCGUUCCGAUCGACGCGAUGUGCCAGCCAUGACGAAGUUCUUGGAGGAGUUUGCACUCCCAGUGGGCCCGAUGCCAACAUGGGUGGUCAGCCGUCGAACUUUGGACGUGGUGUCCAGGGAAUAUAUUUCUUGACCACCAACGAUGCAUCGCCGUUUGCUCGAGGUUAGAUUGAAUAUAAUAACUUUCAAUUAUUUUCUGUGAUUUAUUAUUGUUUAUUGUAUACAAAGAAUAUACAAUUCAUAACAUAAGUUGAAA